AGAAUUGAGACUCUUUGAUGGCCGAAUCGAAGACAAAAUCCCAGAAACUGUUUCCCAAAAAUGACACAUUGGUCGAUAGGAUCAGCGAUUUACCAGAAUCUCUUAUUUGCCACAUCCUUUCAUUUCUUCCAAUCCAAGAGGCAUUAGCCACAAGCAUUUUGUCAAGCAGAUGGGAACACCUUUGGACUCUCGUCUCGAGACUCGACCUCGACAGUGAAACAAUCGGCGAUUCAUUGUCAUGCGGCCAAUCACCUAAUCAAGGUCAGUGCAAACCCUUCAGCUUUGGGCACAUUGUGUCCAAACUCCUGACUCUACACACAGCACCUUACCUUCGAACUUUUCGCCUCAAAUUCUUUUUGUGUCGUAACUGUUCUCGUCUUGAUAAAUGGAUUGGCAAUGUCGUUGAGCGUAAAUUGGAAGAACUUGAUCUCGAGAUUUAUGCUGAUGAUUCCAUUUGGAAAUUGCCUCAGAGCAUUUUCUCUUGCAAGACGUUAGUAGUUUUGAAUUUAAAUGGCACGAUUGUGCUUGAUCCUCCUCCAUCAUUUCAAUUCCCAAGCCUAAAGAUACUCCGUCUUGUACAUAUUGUUUAUAGACCUGACUCUGUUUUUAGGCUCCUCUCUGGCUGCCCGGUUCUCGAAGAUUUGUCAUUUCAAAGAGAAGAUUUGGAGGGUGUGUUCAAACAUAAAAUAUGUGCUUCUACUUUGAAACGUUUAAGUAUAACUUUUGGCCAAUCUGAAUUUGAUGGAUCUUAUUUCGGUUCUCUUGAUUACAAACUUGAGAUAAACGCCCCAGCUCUGGAGUACUUUAAGUUUGAUGGUCAUCUGCGUGACAUCGUUUUCCUUCACAAACUAGACAGCUUAGUUCAGGCUGAUGUUUAUAUUAGUAGUUUUGAGGCUCGUACAUUUUGGGUAGAUUGGGAAGAUGAUAGACAUCGCGAUGAAUGUUGUGCAGAUAGGGUAUUCAACUUUCUUGCCGCACUCUAUAAUGUCAAACUCCUGUCAUUUUCCUCUAGUAGCUUAAAGUGUCUCAGCUAUGGUUCUGCUUGCCUUUCCCAGUUCCAAAAUUUGGUCCAAUUGGACUUCAAAGUUAAUGCUUGGACAUGGCACAUGCUACAAGCCUUGCUCCAAAAUGCUCCUAAUCUAGAAGUUCUUUUUGUUACUCAUAAGAGUCAUGGUUACCUUAAACACAAAGUAUGCUGGAAGGAGCGACCAGAUGAUCCUAAUAAUUUGACAUCUUGCCUUACUAGUUUCUGGUAUAAAGGAUUUGGUUUCAAACAUGAACUGGAAUUUGUUAAAUAUAUUCUAAAGGAGGCAAGAGUGUUGAAGAAAGCAACAAUUCAUGUUCGUGAUGGAAAGUUAAAGGGAAGCAUUGUCAAGAAAAUAUCUAGGUUCCCAAGGUGCUCAAUGACAUGUCUUCUUACAGUCAAUUGAGGUGGGAACUUCAUUCUGUCAACAUGGCACCUCUAUUACUUGACAUGACCAUGUGCAAACCUCAAUCCCUCCUCCCUUUUACCCUCUCUUUUUUUUUUUUUUUUUUCCUUAUAAUGUAUAUAAGUUAGAUAUGCAAAGACAGUAAGAAACCUUAUGUACGCCAAUAGGUGUUAGAUAUAUUAAGAAGCACUUCUUAACGUAGAUGAGAUGACAAAGUAAGAUGUCCAAGGUAAAUCUUCUUGGGUGGUUCUGCCUUAUUACUGGUUGUACGUAUUAAGGAGUUUCAAGUCCUUGUUUAUUUUUGAACUUCUUGAGUCUUAGAGGAAAAAGUUCUUGAUGAUAUAUCUUUAGUUUA